ACGUUGUGUAUGCUGCCAUCCAGCGGCUGCUUUGCGCUAUUACAUCAGCAAACUCAGUCUUUCUGUAUCCGGGUCGGCGGAUCAUGAUGGCGGCCGCCGUGGACAAAACAGCCGGGAUGAGUAAAAUGCUGCAGUUUAUGAAACUUAUCGGACAACUGAAAAGGGUGCCGCGGACUGGCUGGGUGUACAGGAAUGUGAAGAAGCCGGAGAGUGUGUCCGACCACAUGUACCGCAUGGCCAUGAUGUCUCUGACCAUCACUGACCCCACAGUGGACAGGGACAGGUGCAUAAAGCUGGCUCUGGUUCACGACAUGGCAGAGUGCAUUGUGGGAGACAUCGCGCCAUCAGAUAACAUCAGCAAAGCAGAGAAACACAGGAGAGAAGAGCAAGCGAUGAAGCAUCUAACGAGUCUUCUUCCGGAGGCUCUCAGACAGGAAGUCUACGCACUGUGGGAUGAAUAUGAAACUCAGAGCAGUGCAGAGGCACGGCUGGUGAAACAGUUUGACCAGCUGGAGAUGAUCCUGCAGGCUCACGAGUAUGAGGAGCUGGAGGGAACACCAGGAAGACUGCAGGAGUUCUUUGACUCCACAGCCGGUCGUUUCCACCACCCGGACGUUCUCCAGCUGGUCAGCUCUAUGAACAAAGAGCGAGAAAGUCACAUGACCAACACAGAUGGCACAAGGACGUCUGAGCAAUCGCAGGCUGCUGAUUCGGCGCCUGAACAAGACCACACAACAUCACACACUUCCUGACUGUAACACGCACACAGUGAACAGGACUUCUCAGUUAGCGGACAGAGAUGCUGGAUUCAGACAAACUAUCUGUACAGGGACGCACAAGCUGUAAUAUUGUUUUUGUUUUGUCUAAAUCACACCAGUUCAUUGUUUUAGUCAUUGUUUUAUAUGUUUGCAGUUUACACACAUUAUUGCGUAUUUUAAACCUGCAAGACAAAGUUCAAAGCAAAGACUGGAGAUUUUAAGUAGCGAAUGACUUUUAAGGAAGCGCUACGUUUGUUUUAGUUAAUUACAUAUUAUUUAGUAACACCAUUUCUUGAUCUUGUGUUUGUGACAGCUUGUGUUUUUCGGUUAUUUCAUACUAUGUACAUCUUUAGUGUUUAUUACUUGAAUGUGAAUCAGGUAUGAAUCUAAAAAGGAUGCGCUCACACUUGGCUCCAGAAAGUAAACUUAGAGACUUCAAAACCCAAGUUUGGCAUCACAUUUAUAACUGUAGUGAGAGUCCUCAUCUUAACUAAUGUGGUGUUUUAAACUUUUCACCUGUCCUGGUGUGAUUAGAUUUGUGAUUGGCUGAAUGAAGGAGGAGGUUUUUUACCCCCUCAACUAAUAUCUGGCCCAUAUAGUCCUCUUUCACUAGCUGGGCUUAUGUCCUCAUUUUAGGUUUGACAGCGUUUUCAGUAGAUAAAGAUACACGAAACAUGAAUUGAGCUGUGGUUUGGGUAAGGCCUUGGAGGGGACUGGCAGCGGCUCCUGGGCCUGGCAGAUCCUGGCAGAAGUGAAAGAAUUGAAAAAUGGCAGGGAGGAUGGGGCAUGAAAACGAGAAGCUUGCAGAACUGGGUGAUCAUAUAUAUGGAUAAGAACAGGAAGUGGCGUGUUUAGAGACGUGGUCCUGCUCCUGAAAUUCAGAUACUUUAAUGCAACAGUGUCGCUGCACCAUUAUGUUGUAGUCCAUAAAUUAUAAGUGUGUUUUAGAAACAAUGCUGCAGAUAAACUAUUAUUUUAGUAUUCUGCAGGUAUUAAUGUUUGUUCUUUUUUCCUCAUGCUUUUCCAGAGUGCUGUAGAAACUGUAGAGUGACAUCAGGUUUGGUUCAAACAAUCUUUAUUAUACAUACUAAAGUCAUAAAAACAGUUAUUGAUCAUUCACAUACAGUGUUAUUGUACAUGAUGGUCACAGUUAUGUCUUUUUGUGUUUAUGCUGUAAAGACCUUUAUUACAUAAAAGGUUUAUUGAAAUCAAUUUUCCAAAGACAGAACAGAAAGAGUUAUUUUUAGUGAGUCUGUUUCUGUUUAUGGAUUUUAUUGAAUGUAUUUCAAGGACAGAGCCAAGCAUUUUCUCAUAGGAGAAGACCAAAAACAAAAGUUUAACACAUGAAAGAGAACCUAAAAACUACGAAACACAAACGAUUAUUUACUACAAAUAAUACAAAGACAAAGUAAUGAGUUCGCCACACAGAGCAGAUUUGAAAAGUUGCAAAGGUCAUUCCCAUCGUUUACGGCACCAACAUUUUUCAAAGUUAUAGUGACACUGAAUUCAAUUUUUCAGCGAUAAAAUGUUCGUUCAAAUCUGAGCUCAUGUAGUUUCGGCACUUGCGUAACAGCAUGCGCUGGAUUAAUGCGUCACAUUUACAGCCAAGAAUUGUGCUUCCGAUGAUACAUCAUGUCACACUGAUGCUUUUUCACAAAUACAUCACUGCUUCCUGUAGUUGCUCUCACAGUUUGCAUUUAGACAUUCAAACAGACCCCAGCUGCAACUCCCAGCUCACUGCUGGCUGCUCCUCCCCAACCCCGUGUGUACAUCAAUGCGCUGAGUAUAUAUCGUGAAAUGCCGACAACAAAAUGUUUUUAGAUGCCACAGUGAAACCUGAGGAGCUAGAUCUUCCGUAGUAGUGUAAAAUAAUUUAUACAAAGGUCACCCAGGAUGUUCAGGUUGAUCACAGUCACAUUUUUACAGCAUUAAGUUAUAAAACGACUUUGUUUUUUUAAUCACAAACAUAUUUCUAGUAAAGAUGUGAAACCGCAGUUUUAAGCUGUUCUGAUAAAGAAAGGUAGCUGUUAUAAAACUGAUGCUGUGUUGAACAUCUACUGACACUUUUUCCACUUGUCUUAAAUUUACAUAUCACACGGAGGAAUCCGCCUCUUGUUUUGUGUCUGGGGAAA